UUGCAUUAUCCCCAUUUAUUCCCAUUUUGCAGGGAUGCAGAACAUCAAAAUUUCACUGACUUUCCUUUUUUGGUUAACUCAUACAUUGGAAGGCGAAUGAAACUACACGGAGAGACUGCACCCGACGUUGCAAUGGAAGCCAUUGUUCAGAUGACGGUUGCCUUUUUCAAUAAAGAGCAGAACCAGGAAAGCAGGGAUCUGCGUCACUUGGUCAACGAAAAGUAUAGUCAUUUCGUUGUUGACGGAUGGCCGUCGCAUUUAAUGAACGGCAAACCCGGGUAG